UACUCGGGGAAAGGGGAGGGGGACAAACAUGGCCGACGAGGCAGGGGACGUAAACACAGCUGUUGAAAAUGGCGAAGCAGAACAACAACUAGAUGAGCCAGAAGUUUCGGAAGCCGCGCCCGACGGCGAGUCCGGCAGCAGCGACGUGCAGGAGCGGGAGGAGAAGCCUGCUCCGGCGGCCGCAGAGAGUAGCUGGUCGUCUCCCCUCCUGUCCCUGGCUCGGAAGGCCACGGAGACGAUUAGCAGCGGGGUAAACUACGCUGCUGCCCCGAGAAAUCCCCCACAGGGGUCUGCUGCGAGCUCCCCAACGGAGAGGGCGUCCGAAAAUGAUCUCAACAACACUUCUAAAAAGCUUCCAGUUCUGCCCCCCAAAGACCCCAUGGCAAUAGAAAGAUCCAACCUCCUCAGUAUGAUGAAGCUGAGCAUCAAAGUAUUAAUUCAGUCCUCCCUGAGUUUGGGCAGGACGCUGGACUCGGAGUACCCUCCUCUGCAGCAAUUCUUUGUUGUCCUGGAGCAUUGCCUCAAACACGGGCUGAAAGCUAAGAAGUCCUUCAUUGGUCAGAACAAGUCCAUAUGGGGACCUUUGGAACUGGUUGAGAAGUUGUGUCCAGAGUCUGUUAACAUUGCCACAAGUGCCAGAGACCUGCCCGGAAUCAAGACCGGCUUGGGGAGAGGAAGGGCUUGGCUGCACUUAGCGCUCAUGCAGAAGACCGUAGCUGACUAUAUGAAAGCUUUGCUGGACCGCAGAGAUCUCCUGAGUGAGUUUUAUGACUCUGGAGCAUUGAUGUUGGAGGAGGAGGGGGCAGUGAUUGGGGGACUGCUGGUGGGCCUCAACGUAAUUGACGCUAACCUCUGUAUUAAAGGGGAGGAUCUUGAUUCUCAGGUUGGAGUCAUUGACUUUUCCCUUUAUCUGAAAGACCCUGCCAAGAGUGAGACUCCGAAAGAUGAUGCAAAGAUGACAGCCAUAUUAGAUCAGAAGCACUACAUUGAGGAGUUAAAUCGUCAUCUAAGUGGCACCGUCACUGACCUCCAGGCGAAGAUGGACUCUAUAGAGAAGACCAACAGCAAACUUGUAGAAGAGCUGACGGCAGCGACAGACAGAAUCAACUCUCUGCGAGAGGAACAGGAACACCUCAGAACGGAGAAUGAGACCAUCAUGCAGUCCAGUCAGAAAAAGGAAGAGGCAGCCCUUCAGGACAGCCAGGUGGAGCUGGAAACGUACAAACAGACUCGACAGGGCCUGGAUGAGAUGUACAAUGUGGUUUGGAAGCAGUAUAAAGGGGAGAAGCAUAUUCGCCAGGAGCUGGAGCGGGAGUUGGAGCUCCAGGUGGGCCUGAAGCAGGAGAUAGAGGUGGCCAUGAAGCUGCUGGAGAAGGACACGCACGAGAAACAGGACACACUCGCAGCCCUGCGGCUCCAGCUCGACCAAGUCAAGACUCUUAACCUGCAAAUGUUCCACAAAGCUCAGGACUCGAGACGAGAGGCAGACAAAAAGCAAGCGGAGGCUGCACAGCUUGAGGAGAAGAUGGAUGAAAUGGAGAAAGCCAUGAUGGAACUAGAGCAGAGACUACAGAACUCGGAGCGAGAGCGCAAAAAGAGUGACGAGUCAGACAAAGAUAUGAGGGUGGAGCUGGAAGGAAAAGUGGAUGCUUUGCAGAAACAACUGACUGACCUGGAUACACUAAGGCUGGGUUUGGAGAAUGAGCUGCGCACUGAGAGAGAACAGAGACAAAGCCUGCAGAAAGCUCUCCAGCGGGAACAAGACAACAGCAUCGAGCUCCGCACACAGCUGCAACAACUCCAGGGCCUGCACGCGGAGCUGCAGGACAUGAAGCAUGAGAAGCAGCAGCUGCUGCAGACAUGUGGGCAGCAGGAACAGGCUCUACAGGAGAUGGGACUGCAUCUCAGCCAGUCUAAACUGAAGAUGGAGGACUUCAAGGAGGUGAACAAAGCUCUGAAGGGCCAGGCCUGGCUGAAAGACGAUGAGGCCACUCAAUGCAAGCACUGCGAUAAGGAGUUCUCCAUCGCACGCAGAAAGCACCACUGUCGAAACUGUGGGGACAUCUACUGCAACACUUGUUCCAGUAAUGAGCUGGCCUUACCCUCCUACCCUCGGCCUGUGCGGGUGUGUGAUGUGUGCCACGCCCUCCUGCUGCAGAGAAGCUCCUCUACAGUUUCCUGACAAAACACCCAAUGCUUCAAUGUUUCUACAAGAGCUUUCUAACACUGCACAUAUUCGACCACUAUGCUUUUUAACUACUAAAUGUCAUCAAAUCUUUAGGGAAUGUGAUUUGGUGUUUUUCAUUUCCACCCUACCUGAAAUUCAGGAACAUUAGUUCAGCUAUAUUAAACAAUGGGGACACAUUUUAACAGAUGGGAUGAGCUAAUAUAGUUCAUGAAGAAACUUGAGUUUGCUUGGAGGUUGAAAUAAUUUAGUAUAUUUAAUGUUUCUUUGGGCUGGAAUAACAUCAUUUUGGGUACUUCAUAAACUGACUAUUUUAAAGUGUGUAGUUUUUCUAAUUAAAAACAGUGGAUGUAGAUUAUCUUGAGGUCCCGACGAGGAUACUGGUCGUUACUGAGGAUCAUGAUGAACUAAUGUACUUCACUUUGAUAUUAGUCCAACUCGUCAUACAUCCAUUCUUAUUUUUACAGCUCUGGUCCCACUGCUGUGUAAAUGACUGUAGAAUGUUAACAAAUCUAUUUUAGAAUGUACUACAAGGUUUUGUGGAUUGUGUCAACUGCUGCAAAGCCAUUUUCUUAAUUUGGGAAUGGUGACCAAAAGUUUUUUAUCUAGACAUUUGAUAAAUGAAUAAAGCCUCAUUUUUUGGAAUGCUUGUUUCAAUUAGAUAUUCCAGACUAGUUUAUUCACUUUGUGCACAGGAAAUACAAAUAGCAUUCGAAGCAGUAGAAACCUUCAUGUCAACAGAUUGAAAUUCACUUGCCCCUGACACAGCCCUCAUACAGAAGAAACGCCCUAACUUUCAGUCACACCCUAACAAAACAAAACAAAACAUGCCCGGAUCACGUGAAGCCUCAAAUUCAGAUUAACAUUUUACCUGGGAAAUUAAAAAAGGCUAAACACUAUGUAGAUGGUGAAACAAAGUCUAAACAUAACAGACACUUUCUGAAUUUUUGUUCAUGCACUCAGACAUUGAAAGAAAUGUUAACGCCACCAGCGCAGGAUGAGUUAACCUUGAGGGAAUAGACAGGCUUCUGGAGAAUGAUAACACAAAUGACACACUUCCUGGUAAUGAAAAUUUAAAGCAUGGUUUCUGUGGUGUGUCAAAUCUGUGGGGAAUGGGGAAGACAAACAGCGCUUCUCUUUGACACUUAUCGUGACACCAGAUGAUCUCACCUCUCUGAAGACCA